AGGCGUGGAUUAGGCUCGGACAAGCAGAAACCCGGAGAACGGACAAAGGUGAACGAAAUGCUGAGACUUCGAUUGGAGAAAGAGCAUCGCUUGGACGGAGCCAUCAGUGUCCAAGAGGUUUCUCGAAUUCGAUCCACAGAUGUGUGUCUUAACGCCUUUGUCAAUCGAGUCAAAUCCAUCGCCGCUGCAAAUUUGCCUUCUAAUGCGCCAGCCCCCUCUCCGUCUCCAACUCUCCCUCCUGCAACUACUAACACCGAUACCGUCAAUACUACUAAUGGUGCUCUUUGUAUGACGUCGAAAAGAAGGUUUGGUUAA